GUUUACAGACAGCCGUCAUAAAUUCAAUUUCCAGAUGUCAGCUGCUUUAAUAUUAAGCACGGGGGUUAUAGUUUGGAUUAUAAUAUGAGUCCGUGUGGGGGGGAAAGCACAGAAUAAAUAAGACGAAUCUUUUAGUAAAAAUUAACAUUAUAUGACGCAGAUUUUAUGAAGUAUUUUGUGGAUGUCUGAAUGUUGAUGUGAUUGGAAGAAGCUGUGGACUAAAAAGUUGUCAGAGGUAAAAUCUUCUGUAAAACGGCACAUUAUAAAGUUACAGCGCGGUGUAACAUGGCACCUGCAAGCAGUGAUUUAAUGUGAAAAGUCAAAUAUGGACGAAGAAGAAGAUCUGGAGACACUUGGUGAGAAACUGUACACUCUGAUUUACCCCAAACACAAAGAGAAUGCUGGAAAACUCACAGGUAUGUUGCUGGAGCUGCCAGGUCCUGUGCUGAGUCAGAUGCUGCAGGAUGAAGCCACGCUGACUGCUGCUGUGGAGAAGGCCCUCAGAGCCCUGCAGCUGGCACAGGAUCCCAGCAAGGUAACAUGUAAGGACGAGGAUGACGCAUCUGUGUCCUCUGACUCUCUGGGGGAGCAGCUGUUUGACCUGGUGGAUGUUUACAACACAGGCCACUCGCAGAAAAUCACAGGAAUGCUUCUGGAGCAGCACAAAGAGGUCGUGUUAAACCUUCUUUCAGAUCCAAAACUGCUGGAAGAGCAGGUGAACUUCGCCCUGAAGACUCUCAAGGAACAGAACAUGGAGGAGACAGACAUUAGUGACAUGUCGGAUGCUGAUGACACAGAGAGGCUGGGAGAGAAGAUCUUCUCACUGGUCGAGGAGCUGGAUCCACUUCAUGCAAAUGAUAUUACAGGUAUGCUGCUGGAGAUGGACCCAGCUGCUCUCCAACAGCUGCUCAGUGACCACUCGAUGCUGGAGGUUGCUGUUCAGAAAGCACAAGCAGCGCUGGACACUCAGAAUCAAACUCUCUCUACUUGAAGAGAAGAGGACAGGAACUAUUUGCACACAGAAUGAGACAUUAACAAAUAAAUGACUUUGAUGAGUUCAGAUAACAUAAUGUUGGGAAGAGCUGGCACAUUACUCCAGGAGAUCAUGGUAAUACAAAUUACUUAUAUAAGUAGCUACCUUUGUUUUAUACUGACUGUUGGAAGGUCUACAUUUGACUGGACUUACUGUAAAUAAUUAAACAGUCUAAUGAGCCUUUUCUUAGUUGAAAGUAAGCUGAUAUUGCCCCUUUUUUAGCAGAGGUGCUCAAUUUGCUAGUACAAUAUCAUCUUUCUCAGAUCAGUGGACUGAACACGUGCAAGUGCCAGUGUCGCUUGAUGAAAAUGUUUGUAAAAAGAGAGGAUUUAAUUGUAAGGCUGUAAAAUAUGUGCUUAUUUGAUAUAAGUGUUGCCAACGGUCAUGCUAUGACAAUUUAUUAGAUUUUGUUUUUGUACUGUACAUAACGAUGUAACUGUGAGAUGGUGAAAUGUCUUUGCUAACAGAAAUACAGCAGAUUGUAUAAAACUAA